CUCAAAAUGCUGGUCUAAACAGAAACACAGUGUAGUUGACACUCGUUGAUGGAGUUUCUCUAGCACCUGUCUACUUCUUCUCGAAGAAGCAAAUCGUUAGUAGAAGAAAGAAAAAUACUUACUCGAAGAUACUUGCACCCAUCCAAGGACUAGCUAUAUCUCCUUGAUCAAAAAAUUGUUACUGAAAGAAAAGAAGGAGAAGCUUCAAAAUAUUCUUUUAGAUAUCAUAGAUCUUCGUCUAUCGCCUGUCUUCUUGAGGGAAAACAGACCGACACUCAAAGAAAGCAAGCUUGUUUUCAACUCUACGUUGAGAGAAAAGAAAAAAAGAUGUCGAUGAAGAUCUUGGCACGAUGCACGAAGACCGCGGGUGUGUGUGUGUGUCUGUGUAGUGGUGCACUCGCAUUAGACCGGCAAGGCCAGCGCGUAUGCUCUUUUUACUUUUCUUCCUUAUGCCAUUCUACGCCCUGAUACAGUUCAGCCUUGUGCAGUUCAUUUUGAGGAAAGAAAAUUGAGAGUGAGAUAAGAGCAGAAACAUGAUGAAGAUAUACAUGAUACAUCCAUGGUAGGAACAUGCAUGAAGGGUCUUUGUUUGGCUUAACACCAAAAACAUUCUUUUCAGGUGAUGGUAGCAACAGCAGAAACAGAAGAAGCAGAAGCAGCAGCAAAAGCAGAAGCAAGAGCAGAAGCAGGAGCAGAAGAAGAAGCAAGAGCAGAAGAAGAAGCAAGAAGAGAAGCACAAAAUAAAGCAAAAGAAAAACCAGCAAAAGCAGCAGAACAAGGCGCAGCAGAUGAAGGAGCAAAAGAAGCACCAGCAAAAGCAGACGGAGCAGCAUCGGCAUUCCUGGAGCUGGAACCUCCUGUGGUGCAAAUAUAAGCUGCAAAUCCAGAGCAAAGUGCAGGACAACAAAAAAAGGGAGGAUAUCAUCUCCCAUGCGAUACUCCUAUCGGUCCGCCUCCUAUGGAGGUCCGCCGAACAACUGUGUCUUGGAUUAUCUCAACUUCUGGACCACUAGACUAUUCUCAAAAGUUCAGCAGGACUAAAAUAUCUCGCUACUUGAUACGAGUUGAAGAUAACAACUCACAGCAAUUUUCGAGGAUGGAAGUUGGACUAGAAGUUAGAUGAUUUGAUCAAGAGAUUGGGAUUAGGGAAUGAUUUUAUGGUAUCUAUCCACUAAAUUUUCACAGCAAAGCAGUACUACUCGACUACACUGAAUUUCUAUCGCAAAACACUACUCCACGAUCUCGACAAGUCAACCGAUUAUAUCGCUGUUAUCGAUAAAAAGACGCUAUAGACCGUUAAAACUUCAAAAAUGACAUUCACUUAGUAUUCGCGUAUUCAUCUUCUUGUUCACUUCUUACAACGAAUUACAAGCACUAUCGCAUAAACCAAAGAUCUACUUUCACUGGGAAUUAUUAAUAUUAGAACUACUUAGCGUUAGCUCAAAAGCAACAACGACAACGUGGAUUAUUCUAGGAAAAAAUAGAUGGAAAAAAAACAUUUACUAGACUUCCAAGAAGGUUUCAGAGAUUGAUGAACUCUCAUAACCUCCAGACAUUCAGAUCAGACAAAGACAGUGAGUUAUGCUUAUGAUAUCCUGAAGCAGAAUAUCCUACUAUCGCGCCAUGAUCGAUGGCGGGGAGAAUGCUUUCACCGUGGAGAUUUUCCUGUUG